GUUGGUGCUCGUGGGGGUUUUGGUGCUACAAGCCGGCCAAUGGUACGCGCUGAGGAAGGAGGAGGCUGAGAUCAAGGAGAUUGAAGAGAAGGAGCAGGAAAGGAAGACUGCAGGCAAGAAGAAGCAGUAGGCGCCCGAUUGUACGGAUAUCGGCCUUGACUUUGGUGUGUUAUUGGUAGAAGGAUGGAAUGUAGAUAGACGGUAACGGUGGCGUUUAUUGCGCUCCGUCCACCUGUUGGAUAAUUGGCUGCUGUUUUGUAUGGAACUCGGACGAUGCAUAUACCACAGGUUAGGAGGCGAGCGAGGUAAUCCAGCAUGGAACUAUCGGUUGCAACGAGUCCGCUUAUUCUUUUACUUUACUUCAUGUCCUGUUCUUUCCUCUUUUCUUCUCUUCUCUCAUCUACUCACCAGUUUACCCUUUGAUCGGCCACUAGGUAUCCACGACGGCACGUCCCCGCAUUCGGGACAGGCAGAUCACCAAACGGAAUGGAGGUCGAGGGCAUUCAAGGAGCUCUGGGGUCGAGCUACUGAAGAGAACACUUAUUCGAUCGUUUCUGGAUGCUAUACGGUUCACAAGAGCAACAAGAUGGGCAGGAAAGCGAUGGCUAUAAGCGCAAAACAUUCACCUCGAGUUCCACGAACAAUCCUCAUGUUUCUCGAUGUUGCUUCAGCUCCCGUGGUGCCGUUGCUGAGACACCCGUUUGCAUGUUGCGCCGGCCUUGGUCGUGGCUUCCCAAAGCUACCCGCCGUUAUCGCAGUUGCGCCAUCCGUGAAGACACCUGCCAACCACACUCGCUUUCUCCCUGCGCAGACAAUUGUGUACCACGACGCCUUCUUCUUCCGGCCGUUUCGUUCGCAUUACCAGCCGCGGCGUCUCUGAAUUGUGCAGUACCACAUUUCCAAGAUGCCUCCCAAGACGCGCCCCCGACCGAUGACCGCACUCCAAACGCGGGG